UUUUUUAAUUCUGAGUGAUGAGCUUGGGUUGUUGUGCCGUCUUUGGCUUUUAGCACUUCCGUGUUUGUUUUACUGUUUUAGCGUUGAAUUAUGCUAGUUUUUUUUAGGGUGUUGUGAGAUUUGAGGAGAUUUUUCCUUUCUUUUUUUAUUUUUGGGAUUUUUUUUUUGAAUUUUGUAUUUUGAUCUCGGUUAAUUUGCUUUUUUGCUUUCCUUGUUUCACUCCUCUUGGAUUCCGUUUCUAUUCGGAAAAGUUUAUAGCUUUAUUGGAAUCUGGUAUUUUGGUAUGGCUGUUUAGGUGUCUUUGCCUUUCUUCUUUUAAGUUUGUGCAGUCUGUGAGUGGUUUCACUGGAAUAAUCACUUUUGGGAGGAUUUUGGCUUUUCUGCCUUCGGAAGUUUUUUAUUACUUAUGCUCUUCCUUUAUUUUGGCUUGUAGGUUUGGUUAAGAGUUCAGGGUCUUGCCUGUAAUUUGAGUUGGGAGUCGGGUUUUGUGGUUCGUAGUCUCUCAUUGUUGUGGUUUUUGGGAAUUUUUAGCCAAGGCUUGGCUUUGCUCUGGCUGUGUCCCAGGUUCCCUUCUGUUAGUUUUAAACUUGGGUUUGGGUUUUCAUUGGAGUUUAAAGACAAAUUUCCUAGAUUACGAGAAUUUUGUGCUACUCUUCAGCUCAAGCUUGCUUUCAGGUCCAUUUUCUGGGCGUGAUUAUGGAUUCUCCACAAUCUGUUGUAUCACCAUUCAAGACUUCCAUUGUAACUGAGACAGAGAAGCAGAAAUCUGAUUAUUCUGUUCCAAACUCUGGUGGUUUAACGAAAGGAAUUGAGGUCCAGAAGAAGGCAGCAACGGUUGGUAAUAUGGAGGAUUUCAUUGGUACCCUUGAGGUCUAUAUACAUCAGGCUAGGGAUAUUCAUAACAUAUGCAUUUACCACAAGCAAGAUGUUUAUGCUAAGUUUUGCCUCACUAGUGAUCCUGACAAUACAGUCUCCACUAAAAUCAUUAAUGGUGGUGGGAGGAAUCCAGUCUUCAAUGACAGUCUCCGGCUGAAUGUUAAGACUGUUGAUUCCUCUCUUAAAUGUGAGAUAUUCAUGAUGAGCAGGGUGAGGAAUUAUCUCGAGGAUCAAUUGUUGGGGUUUGCACUGGUGCCACUAUCUGAUGUUCUAAUCAAGAAUGGGAAGUUGGAGAAAGAGUUCUCUCUUUCUUCAACUGAUUUAUUCCAUUCUCCGGCAGGGUUCGUUCAGUUAUCUCUAUCAUACAGUGGAGUUUCACCUGAUGUCCUGGCAAUUCCUGCUAUGCCUAAUGCUUUAGCUACAGAUGGAAAUGUGCAAGACUCAGCAAUACAGGAAUCACUCCCCUGUGAAUUUGAAAAGAUUGAGUUCCCUGAUCCAAAAAUUGUGAACGAAAACCAAAUGAUGGUUUCAGAGUAUUUUGGGAUCCCAUGCGCAAGUGUGGACUCUGAAAGCUCAGAGAGCUUGGUGACAUCUGAUUUAGAGAAUCAUGUUAGUUCAGAAAUGGAUUUUCAUGUCACAGAAAGCUUCUCGGCUGCUACUGUUGAUUCCAUUCAAGCUCCUAAGCUUGAUUCACCUCCAAGCAGCGUUUCAACCAAUGGGGUUUCUUCUCCUUCUAUCGCUGCAAGCUCCGAUACCUCUGAUGCUCCAGCUUCAAAACCAAACCAGGAGCAAGACUCAGCUGAAAAGGAGAAAAAGGGUGUGGAAGAUGAAGACGGCGAGAGUGAUUCAUCUGGUAGGGCAAAAAGUGAGAAAAUUGUAAAGCCUGUUAUUACUAUGAAUAUUGAACCAGAGCCAAAUGUGGUUCAACAGGACAUAGUAGACAUGUACAUGAAAAGCAUGCAGCAAUUCACGGAGUCAUUGGCAAAGAUGAAGCUUCCUUUGGACAUUGAUAGUGGACCAACCAGUUCAGGUAGUUCAACUUCUGAUCAGAAAAUUCAAUCUUCAAAGAACAGUGGUUCCCGCGUGUUUUAUGGGAGCAGGGCUUUCUUCUGAGCAGUAGUUCUACUGGGUCAGAGGAAAACACACAGGUGACUUUAGACUUUAGCAAGAAGACUAAUACUAAUGGUGAAGUGUAAUAAUGUAUCAAUGUAGUGUGAUGUUUUCCUUUGUAUGUUGAGAUGUUUAGGUGACCACAAACGGAAAAUCAUGACUUUGUAUGUGUUAUUAUCAUCAGCUUUGUUCAGUAACAACUGAUGUUAGUAUAAAUGGAAAUUUCCCUUAUUUAUUCCUGCUUA